CGUGGGCCUCGUCCUCGUCACCUGUACAGACUUCGAGUUCCCUCUCACUUUCUCUUUCUCUCUGGAAGGUCCUCUGUCGCUUGCUUCAGCUGCUACCUUCUGCAACGAGCCCAUCCAUCUCAUCUUCGGUGAAAUGGCUUCCAGAGCUGUGGCUGUCUCCUUCUCUCUCACCAUCUUCCUCUUAUUUUCCUGCUCUGAAGCUGUCCGGAUCCCAGUCGGCGGCAGGAACACCUCGUGGUCGGUUCCAUCUUCCACCUCUCAGACACUCAACCAGUGGGCGGAGCAAACCCGCUUCCAAAUAGGCGACGUCCUCGUGUGGAACUAUAAUCCCCAGAAGGAUUCCGUGCUUCAGGUGACUUUUGACGAUUACCAGAAGUGCAACACCUCUAACCCCAUCGCUAAGCACACCGACGGGAACACCACCGUGACGCUCGACCGCUCGGGCCCCUUCUAUUUCAUUAGCGGGGUGCAGGGGAACUGCCAGAAAGGGGAGAAGCUCAUCGUGGUUGUCCUGUCGCCUAGAGUUGCCCAGCCGUCGAUGGCUCCGGCCUCGUCGCCUGCCUCCGAGGGUUCGCCGUCUAGCCCUCCUAUGGUUUCCGCUUCUACUGGUUUGGAUGGUUUCAGAUUGGGCUUCUCUGCUUUGGUUGUUACCUUGGUGACAAUGGUGGUUGGGCUUCUGUGAGUAAGAGAGAUACAAGAUGCUUGUUCUUCUUCCUCGCUCAUCCAUACUUAGUCGUUCACAAUCUUUCUUCCUCUUUUGUUUCGUUGGCUAUUGCUGGUAGUGAGAAUUUGUUGGUUUCCUUUGCUAUGUAGCUGGUUGUACUCGUCUGUGAUCCUCACAUAUAUUAUAUUCAUUCAUUUAUUUGAAA